CACGUACACAAGUAACCUUAACCUUAAAUUUUCAUCAAAAAAGUUUAACGUCGAAAUGAAUUUUCAUAUAAUUACUUAAUUUAGAAUUAAACAUGUCUGAAUCAGCAGUAGUUAUAAAAGCCAAGCCUGUAAGAAAGGUAUUUAAAGCUACAAAAGUUACAAAAAUCCCUCAAUCUUUGUUAAAUAAUCCAAAACUUCAAGCAGCAAUUGAAAGUUUACCUAAAAAUUAUAAUUUCGAAAUUCCGAAGACGAUAUGGCGGAUACAAGAAUUAAAAGCGAAGACUGUUGCUUUACAAAUGCCAGAGGGGUUAUUAAUUUAUUCCACCACUAUAGCUGACAUUAUUAAAGACUUUUCUGGUGCAGAUUCUAUUAUUAUGGGAGAUGUAACAUAUGGAGCUUGUUGUAUAGAUGAUCUAACAGCUAAAGCUCUCGGCGUCGAAUUAUUGAUUCAUUAUGGACAUAGUUGUUUAGUUCCUGCUGAUCAAACAUCAGGAAUCAAAGUUUUGUAUAUAUUUGUCGAUAUAAAAAUAGAUCCUUUACACUUCAUAGACACAAUGCAACUAAAUUUUAAAACUUCAACGAAAAUAGCUCUUGUAAGUACAAUACAAUUUGUUACUACUCUUCAAGCAGCCGCUAAUAAAUUAAAAGAAAUAGGUUUUGAUGUUAGUGUACCUCAAUUUCGUCCGCUAUCCCCAGGUGAAAUAUUAGGAUGUACAGCUCCGGUUUUAAAAUGUGCUGAAGUUGUUAUAUACUUAGGUGAUGGUAGAUUUCACUUAGAAGCAACUAUGAUUGCGAAUCCUAAAUUAAAAGCUUAUAAAUAUGAUCCUUAUUCAAAAGAAUUUACAAGGGAGUAUUACGAUCAUGCAGAAAUGGAAAAAAUUAGACAAACAAGUAUUAGACAAGCAAUUAACGCCGGUACUUUUGGGGUUAUAAUGGGUACACUGGGUAGACAAGGUAACCCCAAUGUUGUUGAUCAUUUAAGAAAAAGACUAGAGGAGAGUGAUAAGAAAACUGUUGUGAUACUUCUAUCUGAAAUUUUUCCCAACAAAAUAGAUUUAUUUAAGAAUAUUGAUGCUUUUGUUCAAAUAGCAUGUCCACGUCUUUCUAUUGAUUGGGGAAAAGCGUUUUCCAAGCCAGUUCUAACUCCGUAUGAAGCUUCUAUUGUCGUAGGGGAUGCUAAAUGGCAUAAAGAAAAUGAUAGUUAUCCAAUGGAUUUUUAUGCAAAUGCAAGUUUAGGCCCUUGGACUCCUAAUCAUAAACCAGACGUUGAUGGCAUUAAUAAAUGUUGCGGUAAAUGUUUAUAGAUAUUUAAAAUGUUAUAUUAAGAUAAAUACAUUAUAUAAGUCGUGUGUAAAUAUUAUUUAACAUAAUAUUGAAGUUUCUGGGUCAUUAAUUUCGUCUUAAUUUUUUUUUUAAAUCAAUUGCAACAAAGUUAAGGAUUGUUAACAACUUUUAAUAUUAAAAUUUUUGUAUGUUUUACCAUUAAAAUUAUCUUUUUUCAAAUAUUUAAAGAUCUGAUUAUAGUAUGUUCUAAAUACUUUUGGAAAUAAAUUUUGAAGUGAAUUAUUCAAAAAA